GCAGGGGAGAGGAUGAAGGCAGAGAGCGCGGUGAGUCACGGGCGGAGCUGGCCUCGCUCGCUCGCUCACUCGCUCACCGGCGCCCGCCCGCCCUCCGCCCUCCCGCCGGCUCUCACUGCCUCCACCGUCGCGGAUCGCCCAGUCCGGUCGCAGCCCCGGCUUGCCCUCGGCUCCUGUCCCACGCCGCUGAGAGCCGGCCAGCGCGCAGGGCCCAUGAGCGCCCGUCUAUAGCGCGCCAGCCUGCGGUGCCCCAAGCCCUAGCGCAGCCUCCAGGUCCCACCUGAGUUACCCUUGACCGUCCCUGCCCUCAUUCCACCCCGGAUCCCGGCAAUGCUAACCGCUGUCUGUGGCUCUCUGGGCAGCCAGCACACCGACGCGCCUCACGCAUCACCACCGCGCCUCGACCUGCAGCCUCUCCAGACAUACCAGGGUCACACGAGCCCGGAGGCCGGGGACUACCCCUCCCCGCUGCAGCCUGGGGAGCUGCAGAGCCUCCCGCUGGGCCCGGAGGUAGACUUCUCACAGGGCUAUGAGUUACCAGGGGCCUCCUCGCGGGUAACCUGCGAGGACCUGGAAAGUGACAGUCCCUUGGCACCGGGACCCUUUUCCAAGCUCCUGCAGCCGGACAUGUCACAUCACUAUGAAUCGUGGUUCCGGCCGACUCACCCAGGCACGGAGGAUGGUUCGUGGUGGGACCUUCAUCCCGGCACCAGCUGGAUGGACCUCCCGCAUACUCAGGGAGCGCUGACCUCACCUGGCCACCCGGGGGCGCUUCAGCCGGCUUUGGGAGGAUACGUCGGAGACCACCAGCUCUGUGCUCCGCCGCCCCACCCGCACCCGCAUCACCUCCUCCCAGCCGCUGGUGGGCAGCACCUCCUGGGGCCACCCGACGGGGCUAAAGCCUUGGAAGCGGCGGCACCAGAGUCCCAAGGGCUGGAUUCCAGUCUGGAUGCAGCGGCCCGACCCAAAGGCUCCCGGCGAUCUGUGCCCCGCAGCUCAGGGCAGACCGUGUGUCGCUGCCCCAACUGCCUGGAGGCGGAGCGACUCGGGGCUCCGUGCGGGCCCGAUGGGGGCAAGAAGAAGCAUUUGCACAAUUGCCACAUCCCAGGUUGCGGCAAGGCGUACGCUAAGACGUCGCAUCUGAAGGCGCACCUGCGGUGGCACAGCGGCGACCGACCCUUCGUGUGCAACUGGCUUUUCUGCGGCAAGCGCUUCACGCGCUCCGACGAGCUGCAGCGCCACCUUCAGACCCACACGGGGACCAAGAAGUUCCCCUGUGCGGUCUGCAGCCGAGUCUUCAUGCGCAGCGACCACCUGGCCAAGCACAUGAAAACCCACGAAGGAGCCAAAGAGGAGGCGGCGGCUGCCGCGGCCCAGGGCGAGGGCAAGGCCGGUGGCGUGGUGGAGUCGCCCGGGGGCAAAGGCAAACGUGAGGCCGAAGGCAGCUCGGCGUCCUCCAACUGAGCCCCAUGGAUGUCGCAUCCCUGCCAUUCUUUAUAGGGGGGCGGCCUGAGUAAGAGGGAAGAUGGUUAUUUAUUGGUGGUGAGGGGACAGGGAAAGGGGCGCUAGGGGUUUUUAGUCUCGGGGUCUGCAUGGGAGGCUGCUUGAAUAUUUAGGCUGCCAGGAGCUGAACACGCCCCUCGCUUCUUCUCUUUCUCACUAUUUCACCCUCCCCUGAGUUGCUGAAGAGUUGGGAUGGAGCGCCCCUACCAUGUGGAAGGGUUCGGACCGUAGAGAUGGCAUGUCCCAGGAGCUGAGGGAAAUCCAGAUUGGGUCGGGGCGUUGGGAUAACUGUCUAGACACGUCGUUAGCUCCUGGGAACCCGGACAUAAAAGCACCUCGGAGCCGCCCUUCAGCCUAGGUCUCUUUUAUCCCCCCCUCCCUUCAAGUGCUGCUUCCUCUAAACUUUCCGGAGAGAAAGCGGAGAUGAGGUGGCGCAGGGAGCCUGAGGUGGUUCCCCUUAAGGGGCUGUCUACCUAGCUUGGAAGGUUAUUACUGUAGGAAGAACUCCUUUCAGUGAACUUCUAAACUCUUCCAGAUUCGGUUUGGUAGAGCCGGGAAGGACAACAACUCAGCUCUGCAGCCCGAGCUGUGAGCUGAAGAUCAGAGCUGGAUGACAUAGAGGGAUCCAGCAGGGGAAUCCUCCUACAAAGUGGAAGAACUAACCCCUUCUUUCAACUCCGAUUCCAUCCUUAACUCUUACCUUUUAAAAGAUCAAACUCAGCAGUUCACAUUCCCCCUCCUGUUACCCUAGGUAGUUUUCUGAAGUCAGCCACCAGCAUCAGCUCUAGAGUUGACAUAAACACCCCCACCCCACUCCCAGGUCCCCAUUCCUUGCUUUCCCUUUGGGGAUGGAAGGGAGAGGGGUUGUCUUAGCAGAGGGGAAGCAUGGAAGACCCUGCUCGGACUCCCCCCCCCUUCUUAGCUUGACCCUUCCUGUGCUCCCUCCAUUACUAUAGAGUCCUCCCCAGCAGAAAAUCUCCUUCCAUGUGAAGAAGGGUUGUCCCCACUGGAAGGGAUUCUGGGGAGCUGUCUCUCUGUCCCCUUCUUUAGAUUCUAGAGAUACAUUUGGGUUUUGAUCAUAGGGUGAGAGAGAGUAGACUUCUGCCUGGCAGAUGGCAGGACCCUGGGGCUGGGGGCACUCUCAGGUUUGAGGUAGAGGCCUUGAGUCCCUCCGACCUCUCUCUCUUGCUCUCUUCUCUCUACCCAGAACCCUCUGCAGGGAAUAGCUGUGUGUUGAUUUUUUUAAGUUAUAAGCAAAGGGUAUUUUAUUUAAUAAUUAGGGUGUGAGUGUGUGUAUGCCUGUGUUGUCUGUACCUGUAUGUGUGCAUGUAUGUGUUUCUCUACUGAGCCUGGGGUCUCCUGAGACCCCAUCUUGUUCACCCUGUCCAAGGCCUGGGGCCUAGACCCAUGGCAUUUCUCCCUCCAUGGGGGAUGCUGGAGCCCAGUCCAAGGACUGGGAACUGUAUGGGAGGUAGGGGCUGGGAUCUGGGUAGGAAUAUGUGUUUGUGUAGAAAGGCCUCCUCCUUAAAAGGGACAGGGUGUCUCCCUGUGGGACUUAGGGGCCUGAGGUAGUUUAAGAAUAAGGUUCUUUCUGUAUUCUCCCUCUUUCCCCACCUCCUGUUAACCUAGCCAGAGGUUCCCUUUCUUACAAAGAGGGCUGAAGGCAAGAGCAAAGUUGGCCAUGCCUACAGGUUGCCUGGCUAGGUGUAGAGGGGGAGAAAGAAGGGCACCGUGGGUGUGGGGUGUUUUCUCCUCCACCCAUCGAAACCAGCCACCCUCUCCCUGUGCUACCAAGAUAGCCUUUUCCAAUGACCAUGCUUAGGGGAAGUCCUACAUGGGGUACUGGGGGGUACGUAGGUCCUCCCUCUUAUAGAGGCCUUGAACCCUGAGGUGGGGCUCGGAUAGGUUUUUGUCUGGCCUGCUCUUUAUCAAUCUAGGUUUUUCAGCAGCCUGUCCUUCCAGGCAGCCCAUCUAGAGGAAAAUGUAGGAUUUUUUUUUCUUUAACUGCUGUGAACCCACUUGGGGGUGAGGAGGAGGAGGCAGAAACAGCCUGUGUUUUUUAUGCAACAAUAAAGUCAUCAACCAACCAUA